GUUGACUCGAACAGGGGAUGAAGGGGGAGAAACGACGACGGCGACGACGACAGCGACGGUGACUGAAAUCGAAACUGCCUGUAGCCAAAAAUUAAAAACGGACAUAGCUAGUAUUUCGCCGUCUACUUUGAUCCCCAGCACUGAAGGUACCAAUGGGGAAGUCCUCAAAAGAUAAGCGCGACGCCUAUUAUCGGCUAGCCAAGGAGCAAGGAUGGCGGGCAAGGAGCGCCUUCAAGCUCCUCCAACUGGACGAAGAGUUCAACCUGUUUGAUAAUGUCACCCGCGUGGUGGACCUGUGCGCCGCCCCGGGCAGCUGGUCGCAGGUCCUAUCCAGAGUCCUGAUCAAGGGCGAAAAGUUCGGCAGGACCUCAUGGCAGGACACCGACGUCAAGUUCCGGCGACAGAUGCUCCACUUGUUUGACGACCAGGACCCCAGCACCCAGGACGGCGACGGCCGACAUGCAGCAGCCGAGCCGGCCGCAUCGCAGCCCAAGCCCACCGCCGGGCCCCGGGCCGACGUCAAGAUCGUGUCCAUCGACCUGCAGCCCAUCAGCCCGCUGCCGGGCAUCGUGACGCUACGCGCCGACAUCACGCACCCGGCCACGGUGCCGCUGCUGCUCAAGGCCCUGGACCCGGACUACGACGCGGGCCAGCAGCAGGCGCCGUCGUCGUCGUCGUCGCGCCCCGUGGACCUGGUGCUCAGCGACGGCGCGCCCGACGUCACGGGCCUGCACGACCUCGACAUCUACGUGCAGUCGCAGCUGCUCUUCGCCGCCCUCAACCUGGCCCUGUGCGUGCUCCGGCCGGGCGGCAAGUUCGUGGCCAAGAUCUUCCGGGGCCGCAACGUGGACCUGCUGUACGCGCAGCUCAAGCUCUUCUUCUGCCGCGUCGUGGUCGCGAAGCCGCGCUCGUCCAGGGCCAGCAGCGUCGAGGCCUUCAUCGUCUGCAUGGGCUUCCGCCCCCCGGCGGGCUUCAGGGCCAGCCUGGACGAGCCCCUGGGCGUCGGCCACCGCCUCCCGACCGUGGCCGGUCGGAGCCGCCUCGAGGAGGCGCCCACCAUGGCCGAGGCGCCGCUGAUGCAGGACUGGAACGCGGGAGCGUGGAGCUCGAACCCCGCCGCCUCGAUGCUUCCCGAGGCCGGCGACGAGGGUAUCGUCGAGGUCGAGCUGGACGACCUCACCCCAGAGCCCAAGAAAGACGUCAGGUGGAUCGCGCCUUUUAUUGCCUGCGGCGACCUGUCCUCAUACGACUCCGACGCAUCGUAUCGCCUGCCCGAGGACCACGUCUCGUUGGAUCCGGUGCAGCCGCCCACGGCACCACCCUACAAACGGGCGCUGGAAAUGAGGAAGCUCGCCGGCGGUGCGUAUGGCAAGACUGGCGUCAAGGCAUGAGGGGCGCGUCUCUUGUGUAGCACGGCAAAGUGAAGCCUCUGUUAUAUAGUAAUAGCACCAAAGACUUAGCAUACUUCACAAAGCCUUGCCUGCAUUUCAUCACAACACUCGCGGCAUUUGGAGCGAGACGCUGGCCCCC